AUGGAUCCCGCCCCUCUUCAUUCGGGGCUUUUUGAGCCAGAUGUAUUUUAUCUACAGCAGCAGCAUAGGUCCCAGCUUGUAGGGGAUUCAGAUGUAGAUCCCACCUGCUUGGUCCGUCGUAGGUUUAUGGAACAAGCAUUGGAUAUUUUAGUAGCUCGGCCCCCACAUCCUCGUGUCUUAGAGAUACUAUAUCAGGGUGGUAUCUACCGUUGCAUCGCUGUUGGUCGCGUACAGCAUGACAAGGCUCUUGUGAUGGCCAUGAUUGAGCGAUGGCGACUGGAGACCCAUACAUUUCAUCUUCGCACUGAUGAGGCCACCAUCACCCUUCAGGACGUGGAGGUCCUUUACGGUCUCCAGGUCGAUGGACGAGCUUUGUAUAUUGCGAAGCCUCAGCAGAUGCCAUCGUAUCGUUAG